AUGGUGAACACGAAGAAAGCUAAGGGUGCUGAUGACCAGGCCAAGGGCAACCUGACCGAGAUGAAGGCCAAGGACAAGAAGACGCCGGGUAAGACCACGGACAAGGCCAAACCCAAGGGCAAGAUCGAGGGCGCGAAAUAUCUGGAAGAGUUGAAUGAAAUCAUGGAUCAACAGACCACCCCGACCACGAUGAG